AUGAGGCUUUUGCUUCCAUUGGCGGCUUUGGUGAUUUUGGUCGCCUCACAAGAUGGAAGCCUUUUUGGAGGUGCCAGUGCUGGAUCAGGAUUAGGCGGAUCUGAAGGCUUUGGAUCUACUGGUGGCGCAGGCAGCUCAUGGGGAGGAGGCGGAAGAUCUGGCGGAGGAGGCAGUGGAUCGUGGGGAGGCAGCGGCGGUGCUGUAUCAGGAGGCAGUGGAUCGUGGGGAGGAAGCGGCGGAGCUGGAGCAGGAGGCAGUGGAUCGUGGGGAGGUAGCGGCGGAGCUGCAGCAGGAGGCAGUGGAUCGUGGGGAGGAAGCGGCGGAGCUGGAGCAGGAGGCAGUGGAUCGUGGGGAGGCAGCGGCGGAGCUGGAUCAGCGGUGGAUCUGAUGGAGGAGCCAGCAGCGGAUGGGGAUCUCAAGGAGGAUAACAAGGAGGACGAGGUGGAUUUGGAGGACAAAACCCAUCCGGAGGAUUCGGCGGAUCUCCAGGCGGCGGACGCGGAGGAUUCGGCGAUGAUGGUGGAUUUGGCGGAUCACAAGGAGGCCGAGGCGGAGGCCGAGGCGGUGGCGGUCGCGGUGGAUUCGGAGGGCAAGAUCAAGGAUUCGGUGGAUCCCAAGGAGGAAAUCGCGGUGGAUUCGGUGAUCAAGGAGGAUUCGGUGGAUCUCAAGAUUCAGGACGAGGCGGAUUCGGAGGAGGGCCACGUGGACCCUCAAUGCACGGAGGAUGGGGUGGAUGGGGAAGACCCAGUAGAUGGGGAUGGGGAUCCCAUUGGGGACCAGGAGGCCGUUGGGGCUCAUUUGGUGGAUGGGGACGAGGUACAAGCGUCGUAUAAUCAUGUUGCAGUUUAA